AUGUCGAGAACUCCUUGCAUCUCACAUUAUAACCCACCCAUCCCAGAUACAACACUAGGACUUGAAAUUCUCGCAUCAGAGGUUCGACUCAAAACUUCCAGUGAUGACGCCUAUGAAUGGAUCGUCGACGACCCAUCUCUCAAGUCACUAUUCAAUAGGCAUCUCAGUAAGCACUCGGUCGGUGCUUAUAUGCAACUGUGUCAAGAAAUCGGCAAGUCGUUUCGAGCCGUUCCAAAGCAUACCUUGCGCAUGGAUGAUCUCGAAUUGGAAAAUGUCUAUCUUACGAACAAAUUAAGGUUGGCAGAACAAUUGGCGGGGGUCGAGGCACAACAAAAGGCAGAGUUAGAGAUGGAAGUCAUAAAUCAAAAGUCCGAUCUGUACCAAGCGCAAUUGACCAUCUCCUCUCUAGAAGACCAGGUCAUGUGGUUAUCUACACUUCUGGAAAAGUAUCAACAACUGUCGUUUGAGCCUUGUCUACUAGAUCAAGCGAUCUCGCUCUUACUGUCAAUGAGAGAGACCAUGGCCCCCUCCAACGGUCAAGACUGUUAA